AUGGAUCGGGAACUCGGCGCUAGAGGCAUCAAACCGCCUCUAGCAGCCGCCGAUGCUGUCCAUCGCCAUCACAAUAUCCAACACCAUCUUGAUCGAUACGGAAAGCAUGAACCACAACUGUCAACCAUCCACCAUUCCAGCACCCCUCUCCCUGCUCCCGUCAGCGAUGAUAGCUCGUACAAGCAGCUCAAGGAAGCCUGGAUCGCUCAUCAGACUGGAAGCUCGAUCCACGUUAUCAAUCUUCUCGGUCUCGUCAUGCUCCUGACCUAUGCGAUAUGGUCCGUCCUCAGAGCGAAGCGACUCCGCUUUGUUCGUGAAACGCGACAGCUUCGGCCAAGCGAGCUGGGCUACUCAGCGCUGUCUUAUUUGGUGGCUGCGUUGGCUGGGCUGGGUGAUUGGCAGCUCGAAUUUCUCAUCCUCGUCGCACCAGCGGUGUGCGCACAUACCAUCCUAGCUACGCAUCUUGUAGCAACAAACUGUGCGUUGCUCGUGCUACUCGUGCUUCUGAUACGUAGUGAACCGUCCUUGUCGCCAAAACGGAGCUCGAUACGGGAGCAGAAGCAGAAGCGCCAUUGGUCGAAAAAGUUCUCCGACGACGAGGAUCAAGAUGACGACGACAGUAGACACAAAAUCGCAAAAGCAUCUUCAUUCGUGACAAGCUCAGCGACCAUAGAAGUUGAGCCGCCAUUCCGUGUCUCGAUUGACUCGGCCGCCGAUGCUGCUCAUGCAGCAGCUGCACCACCCAACUUCUACGACGGACCAGGUUCAGCGUUUCGUUCGGAUCUCGAUCUCUCAAUAGAUACGUCCAUGAUAACGGCGCCCCAGAGUCCUGUUGUGGCAUCAGCAGCAUCGAGUUCGAGUUUCCGUGGUUUUGAGGCUUCGUUUUUGUCCCCGGAUUUGGCGUCGACGUCAACGUUUGCAUCUUCGUCCCCCUCACGACGUUCAGCCGAGCUCACGGCAUUGAAAACAGCACCGAUGCAGUUGCUUCAUUCGCGAGAUGGAUCCGAUGCACAAUCAGUCGUUUCUGCGUCCUCUGCGAUGUCACCACUCGCAAGAAGCGUAGUGGAUCCAUGGGGAAAAGGCAAGCAGCCCCCUUCGAUCGAUCAUUCGACUUGGACCUCUCACACCGAAGACAGUCCCUCGUAUACCACGUCUCCAACAAACUCAAACUCAAUUGGCGGAUCACCGGUUUUGCAGCACCAUCGAUCAUUAGACAGCAGCAAUCUUUUUGUCAGACCGCAGCCCUUCCUGACCGUCUACCGAGCACACAUGAUGCUCGUAACCAUUAUCUCGAUUCUGGCUGUCGACUUCUCCGUCUUCCCGCGCUUCCUGUCCAAGUGCGAAUCUUGGGGCACAAGUUGGAUGGACAUGGGUGUUGGAUCCUUCGUCUUCUCUCUCGGCAUCAUCUCUGCAUUACCAUUCCUCAAGAAUCCGCGCAAUCGAUUCCGACCGCUUCGACAGCAACUCGUCUCCGAUUUUCGCAAAGCUCUGCCAUUGGUCGCGCUGGGUUCGAUCCGGAUCAUCAUGGUCAAGGGAGUAGAGUAUCCGGAGCAUGUGAGCGAGUACGGUGUACACUGGAACUUUUUCAUCACGCUCUCAAUGCUGCCGUUUGCAGCGACGCUUUCCAGACCCUUUUCACGGUGGAUUCGGUACAGCGUUCUAGGCAUUUUGCUCUCGGUCUUACAUCAGGUCUUGCUCAACUGUACUUCGUGGCAAACAUGGGCAAUUUCCGAUACAGUUCAACGCACCACGCUUCUCGCUCAGAACAAAGAGGGCCUGACGAGCAUGGUCGGCUACCUGGCCAUUUUCUACAUCGGUCUGGAUCUGGGCCAUUACGUCUUGCCGCUAGAUCCGUACUUUGCGUAUCGAAAAUUCAGUCGUCGUCGAUCCAAGCCACGCACCCACAAACUAGCCAUGAUAUUGGCGAGCUUAGCCAUCCUCUGGUGGAUGGGCUACGGCGUUUCAAGUAUAGUGGGUCUAAGAACGAGCAGAAGACUUGCUAAUCUUCCUUAUGUCUUCUGGGUGGCCGCUUUCAACACUUCGUUCUUGCUAUGUUACGUGAUGGUGUAUAUGCUCAUACUGCAACCAGUAGAACAGCAGGAACAGCAGGAACAGCAGGAGCAGCAGGAACAGCAGGAACAGCAGGAACAGCGACAGUCGACGCCGACGCAACAGCGCGACUCGGUCACAGCACUCAUUCUGCAAGACCUCAAUAGGCAUUCCUUGACGGUGUUUCUCGCGGCCAAUCUGUUGACUGGAUUGGUGAAUUUGACGCUCAAGACAAUGUAUAUCAGAGAUGCUGUCGCAGUCGUCAUAUUGUUGGCAUAUACGGGCAUAUGCUGUGGACUGGCAAGGUGGUUGACGAGACGAAACAUCAGACUCAAGUUGUAG